AGCGAGCACACUGACCCUAUACCAUCCACACCCUGAAGGCUCCACGGUGCCCACGCCGGCUGUCUGGGUGGGACCGUGGCCUGAUCACUCACCCACAGCAGGACUGGUCCCCAGGACUGAGAAACAAGGCCCAACACUCCUGCCCCAGAGAAGAUGGGACAGAAAAGGAGAAAGGGCUCCUUGGGAGAAGGCAGACCAGGCGUCUGGGACCGUCACACUCACCACCUGCACCAUGUGUGGAGUGACUCAGUGGUGUGCACCGGCUCACGAAGUGUGCUGUGUCAUGUGAGGAGGGGCUGAGGGACAGGCAGACGGGGCAUGGAUACAGGAGAGAGCAGGUGGCCCAUUGCCGGGACCAGCUUUGGGGAUUACGGGCCAGAGGUCGCUGAAGGCCCCAAGGACUCCCUGGACAGCUCCCAGGGCACGGAGCCUGAAACCAGCCACCUGUCUGCCCCUAACAAGGAGACCAUUGUGGUCACUCUCCACGGGGCCACCAACCUGCCCACCUCCAGCGAUGGUGCCCAGCCGUGGCCCUAUGUGGUGGUGAAAAGCACAUCUCAGGAAGCGAAGAACCAGAACUCCAGGGCAGUCACGGCUGUGACCUCGGAGCCUACCACAGAUCCUGUCUGGGGGGACACGGUGAAAGUGGAGAUCCAGGCGGAGGACGUGGGGCAAGAAGAUAUGAUACUCAAGGUGGUGGACAACAGGCAGAAAAGGGAGCUGCUAUCCUAUGAAAUACCCAUCAAGUACCUGCGGGUCUUCCACCCCUACCACUUCGAGCUGGCAAAGCCCACCCCGUCUGGGCAGAACGACAAAGCCACCACCAUGACCAAGCUGUUCGCAACCGUCGUGCGGAAGGGCAGUGCCAUCCCCCGCUACGUGGGCUGCAGCCACACAGCCCUGGAGGUCUUCCUCCGGGGAGUCAACGAGCCCCUGGCCAACAACGCCAGCCCCAUGGUGGUGAUCGCCAGGGUGGUCCCCAACUACAAGGAGUUUAAGGCCAGCCAGGCAAGCGGGGACCCAGGCUCCGUGGGGCUGCCCGUCACCCCACUCUCCUUCCCCAGCCCAUCCGUGAUGAACUUUGAUGUGCCCCGGGUUAGCCAGAACGGGUGCCCUCAGCUGUCCAAGCCUGGGGGGCCCCCAGAGCAGCCCCUGUGGAACCAGGCCUUCCUCUUCCAAGGCCGAGACGGAGCCACCAGCUUCUCCGAGGAUGCGGCCCUGGUGCUGGAGUACUACCCCUCGCCCUCACUGAAAGGCGGUGACCCCUGGGCCCUGGGCCCAUCCCUGGGCAUCUCCGUGUUGCCACUGAAGAGCCGUUUGUACCGGAAGAUGCUGACAGGGAGAGACCUGAAUGGGCUACGUGUGGAGCGACUGCCGAUCGCCAACACCAGCCUGAAAACUGUAAGCGGUGAGGCCCCCACGGUGGAUCUGUCCUUCCAACUCCUUUCCUCUGAGCUGAACAGGAGACACUGUGUGCCGGGAACUGUGCAGAGGCCAGAAAACUUCCUGACACCAAGCAACAGCAAAGCUCUGCCCAGUCUGGACCCCAAGAUCCUGGAGGAGAAACUGGGGACCAUCCGCGAGUCCUGGUCCAAGGCCACAGUGAGCUCUGUGCUGGAUUCUAGCACGUCCACCUCCCAGGGUGCCGAGGAGGAGCCCCAGCUGCUGGAGACGGCCCAGGCCAUGGAGAUGAACAACUACCGGCGGGCCAUGCAGAGGAUGGCAGAGGACAUCCUGUCGCUGCGGAAACAGGCUGGCGUCCUGGAGGGGGAGAACCGCGUGCUACGGAGUCAGCUGAGCCAGCAGGAGCGGCAGGACAAAGCGGAGGAGGACCAGGGCCUGGCGUCCGUGAAGCAGAAACUGCUGCUGCGGGAGCUGGACGUGAAGGAGCUGAGGGACAGGGUGCAGCACCUGCAGAACGAGCUGAUCCGCAAGAACGACCGGGAGAAGGAGCUGCUGUUUCUGUGUCAGACCCAGCAGCCGCAGGGGCUGCAGAGGCGGUAUCAGGACAGGCUGCAGCAGGUGAAGGCGCUGGAGGAGACCGUGAGGCACCAGGAGCAGGUGAUCGAGAAGAUGGAGCAGGUGCUGGAAGACAGGCUGCGGGGCAGGACUGAGCCCCCACCCAGGGCCAGGCUGCAGGGAAAGCCCAACGUAGGCGGGGCUGCUGCCCAAACCUUCCCCAUGCUCCCGGCCCCUGGCCCUUCCCUGGGCCCCCCAGGAGAGAACCUGCCUGCUGAUAUCUACUCAGUGCUGCUGGCAGAGAACUCGAGGCUGCGGGCAGAGCUGGACAAGACGCACCACCAGUCGGCCCCCAUCAUCCUGCAGCAGCAGGCCCUGCCUGUGGACCCCUGGGAGCUGGGAGCAGGAGACCUAGCAGAAAGGCUGCGAGAGGCAGAGGGCCCAGGUGGCUCCCGGGACACGGAGACCCAGGCCACACAGGACCUCCUCUCGGGCACCUCAGAGAAGUUCAACCUCAUGGCUAAGCUGGAACGAGCUCAGAGCCGGAUACUGUCCCUGGAAAGCCAGUUAGAAGACUCAGCUCGACGCUGGGGACGAGAGAAGCAGGACCUAACCACGAGGCUACAGGAGCAAGAGAUCAUCUUGGGGCACCCCUCAAACCCCAUCAUCACUAGCCAGCCCAGCGUCUCAAGCCAGACUAAGGACCUCAAGCGGCCCUCCAAGGUGGACCCCUUGCCACCCAGCUCAGACACCAAGCUCCACCAGUCCUCCAGCUCCCAGAAGGUGGGCUCAAACCCUCAGCAGCAGCCCUGAGCACAGGCCCCCUUCCCACUGCCCAGAUGCCUUUAUUAAAUGCUGUAGCUCC